GGGAGACAGGCUGCUUUCUCCACCCCGGCUCUGCGCCGACCUUGAGCCCAUCCAGUCUGUUUAAACGGCCGAGUCAAUGUAAAGGAAAGUUGCCUGACGUCACGCAGUGUGGGAGAAAGAUGGCCACGUUAACGAACGGCGUGCAGCAACAACAGCAACCAGCAGUCAGUCUGAGCACCACCAUCCAGAUCAGCACUGCCAACGGGCCUAUGAACGGACUCAGCCACAGCCAGAACAGCACCAUCCCCAUGAAGGACCACGACGCCAUCAAACUUUUCAUCGGCCAGAUCCCCCGCAACCUGGAGGAGAAGGACCUCAAGCCCCUCUUUGAGGAAUUUGGCAAGAUCUACGAGCUCACGGUGCUGAAGGAUCGCUUCACUGGCAUGCACAAGGGUUGUGCCUUCCUAACGUACUGUGCCAGGGAAUCUGCUCUGAAGGCCCAGAGUGCAUUGCAUGAACAGAAGACAUUACCUGGGAUGAACAGACCGAUCCAGGUGAAGCCUGCGGACAGUGAGAGCAGAGGAGGUAAAGACAGAAAAUUGUUUGUGGGCAUGCUGAACAAGCAACAGUCGGAGGAGGACGUACGCAGACUAUUUGAAGCUUUCGGUAACAUUGAGGAAUGCACAAUCCUUCGAGGGCCUGAUGGAAAUAGCAAAGGAUGUGCAUUUGUGAAAUUUUCCGCACAUGCAGAAGCCCAGGCAGCCAUCAACGCCUUACACGGUAGCCAGACGAUGCCAAAGCCAACUUUCAAUCCAUGGACUCCGUUUUCACAGCUUUUGAUGCAGCAGCAGGCGACAAUAAUGGCAUCAGUUGCCCAGGGAGGUUACCUGAACCCUAUGGCAGCAUUCGCAGCAGCACAAAUGCAGCAGAUGGCAGCCUUGAAUAUGAAUGGACUGGCAGCUACACCUAUGACACCAACAUCAGGCGGGAGCACGCCUCCUGGUAUCACCGCACCAGCUGUGCCUAGUAUUCCUUCUCCAAUUGGAGUAAAUGGAUUCACCGGCCUCCCACCACAGGCUAACGGACAGCCAACAGCAGAAGCCGUCUUUGCCAAUGGAAUCCACCCCUACCCAGCACAAAGCCCAACUGCAGCUGAUCCCUUGCAACAAGCAUACGCUGGAGUGCAGCAAUAUGCAGGUCCUGCCUAUCCUGCUGCCUAUGGCCAGAUUAGUCAAGCCUUUCCACAGCCACCUCCAAUGAUACCCCAGCAACAGAGAGAAGGUCCUGAAGGUUGCAACCUUUUUAUCUAUCACCUUCCUCAGGAGUUCGGAGAUGCUGAGCUCAUGCAAAUGUUCCUGCCUUUCGGUAAUGUCAUCUCCUCAAAAGUGUUUGUGGACCGAGCGACAAACCAAAGUAAAUGCUUUGGUUUUGUGAGUUUUGACAAUCCUGCCAGUGCCCAGGCUGCCAUCCAGGCAAUGAAUGGUUUUCAGAUUGGCAUGAAGAGACUGAAAGUACAGCUCAAGAGGCCGAAAGAUGCGAACCGCCCAUAUUGAACUGCUAGAACUGAACUGAGACUUGAGAGCUAUUACAGGGCGGAAACUGGAGAGGACCGCAUGUACAAAAAAUAAUAAAAGUACUGUUAAAUAAACCUUUGGACAUAUCAGCAUACGCCA